AAAAGGAGGGACCAAAGUUUUAAUCAGCAAAUAAUAACAUGGAAGAGGCACGUAAAGGGGAGCAAGAGAAAGAGAGAGGAGAGGAAGAAGUGAAGUACCGUGGAGUGAGAAAGAGGCCAUGGGGUAAGUUCGGAGCAGAGAUCAGAGACCCAACAAAACCUACGGGAAGGCAAUGGUUAGGGACAUUUGACACUGCUGAAGAAGCUGCUAGAGCUUAUGAUCGUGCAGCCAUUGCUUUGAGGGGUGCUCUUGCAAUCCUUAAUUUUCCUCAUGAGUUCCAUUCUCAUCUCCCUUUCAUUUCAUCAUCAUCGUCUUCUUCUUGUUCUUCUACUGGUGUCAUUGGAAGUUCUUCUAGUGCACAACAAGGGGAAGUUAUUGAGUUUGAAUAUUUGGAUGACAAGGUGUUGGAAGACCUUCUUGAGUUAGAGGAGAAGAGAGGGAAGAAAGAAUAACAGAAAGUGAACUAUUUUUUAAAACUAGUGUCUCAGUCUUCAGUAUUUCAGAGUUCAUAUUGAUCUCUGA